UACCACUGUCCUGUAUGUCAUAAAAUGUUCAGUAGGCUUCGAUACAUGCGUAGGCACCAAUCCACUCAUCGAACUGAACGUACACAUUUAUGUGAUAAUUGCGGGAAGUCUUUCAAAACUAAAGCCAUUUUAGUGGCACACCGUCGCAGCCACAAAUCCAAGAGCUACCACUGUCCUCAAUGUAACUUCAUUUCCAGCAGCAGUGCAGCCAUCCACAUUCAUCGUCAGCUUCAUCCCAAUGGUUCAGUCAUAUGCGAAGUUUGUGGCAAUGCAUACAUUGACAAGUCCACUCUAAACAAACACAUGAAAGUUCAUGAUUUCAACAGACCAUAUCCUUGCACCCAUCCUGGUUGCACAUGGCGUUUUAAAACAGACGUAAUGAGAAAAGCUCAUGUCCGCAGUCACACAACCAUUGGGAAAUUUUCAUGCACCACAUGUGGCUACAAUUUCCGACAGAAGCAUCAUCUACAGAGGCAUAUUGCAAAAAUUCACAAUGGCCAUCAGCUAAAGAAUGGACUGUCAUCAAAUUCUCUAAUGUCAUCUUCUGUCUUGAAUUUAACAUCACCCUCUGCAAUGACAGACUUCUCAACACAAAAUCUUUCAGUUGCACAUGAAAUCUUAUUGGGUACGUCAACUGAAGCUGACCUGCUCAAAACACAUACAGAUUCCCACAAUUCUCUAAUCCCAUCCGGUGUGAUAAAUACCCAAAGUGAUGUUUUCUCCCCUUCAACCAGCCAGCUGCUCUGUUCCAUUUCCAACACACCCUUCCAAUCAAACUUAGUAGACUCUGAGCAUCCUAUGAUAGAAGUAUUGGUGGGGGAUAAAAUUGACGGCAUAGAUUGCCAGGAAUCAGAGGGGAAAAUGAUGAGCGAGGAGAUGACAACGGGAAGCUUGAGUAAUUUGGAAUACAUAACAGACACGGGUGAAGUCCUCCAACUUGUUCGCCCAGGUCAGACCUACAUGAGCAGGGACGAACACGGGAAUCUGGUGCAGUAUAAGAUUGCCGAUGUUGAAGACCAAGACGAGUCUUCACACCCGAUUUAUCUAAUUGGGGUUGAUGGUACCGUUGUUGGUGCUGCCAACAGCCAAGAGCAAGCUCUUUUAGUUAACACUGACGUUUAAAAUUAUACCACAUCAUGCCAGAAAAUUUCCAUGACAUUUAAACGCUUCUGUCUGGUCAUAAGUUUUCUUCACUUAAAAUUGUUAGAUUUCAUUUGACAGUUUGUCAGUGAUUUCAGCGUGG